CUGAAUAGGUAGUCGCACGUGAAUAACGAAUCGUACAUACGGUUCGCUACAGUAUUAGUGUUAAAAUAAGUAUCUGUUGUUUUAAGUUGUGAUCAUUUAUGUAAAUUUAAUUAAUUUUGAAAUUUUGUUUUAUUCCAUGAUAAUACUUAUCCAAUUUUGUCAGUAUGAGUGGUAAUAAUGGUAUUUGUUAUGAAAAAUCUUUAGAGUAUUGGGCAGAUGUACCACCAACUGUAGAUGGGGUUCUUGGAGGAUUUGGUUAUAUAUCGCAAGAAGAUAUACAUGGUUCAUUAUUAUUUUUGAAAGCGUUAUUUUCAUUAGAACAUCCACCUGCUUCAAGAACAGCCUUAGACUGUGGUGCUGGGAUUGGUAGAAUAACAAAAUAUGUAUUGUUGCCUUAUUUCGGCACUGUUGAUAUUAUUGAACCAGAUGAAAAGUUUAUUAAAGCUAUUCCUGAAUUUGUUGGCGAAAACAGAACAAAACUUGGUUCACUGUAUAGAGAGAGUCUUCAAGAAUUUUCCCCGGAUAAAAAAUAUGAUCUCAUAUGGAAUCAAUGGGUAUUGGGUUAUCUCACAGACGAUGAUUUUGUUUCAUAUUUAGUUCGUUGCAAGAAUUCCUUGGCGGAAAAUGGAGUAAUAGUAAUAAAAGAAAAUGUAACUUCAUCUGGGAAAGUGGAAAAAGAUGAAGUAGAUUCAUCUGUGACAAGACCUUUAAAACAAUUUUUGAAAUUAUUUAAAGCUGCAAAAUUAAAGAGAAUAAAACAAUCAAUACAAACAAAUUUUCCAAAUGGAUUAUAUCCAGUUUAUAUGUUUGCAUUAGUUCCUAUUACAAAUGACACUAGUUAUGAAAAGGAGAUGUUAGAUACAACACCAGUUUAAUGUGCUAGUAUUGCAGACAAACAAACAGAAAGUAUCUACCAUAUUAAAACAAAUAUUAUAUGUUGUAUUAAUUUAAUUGUACCUAUUAUAAUGAAUUUUCCACCAA